AUGAAGAACCUAUUUCAUGAUGUACAUACUGAUCAAGCUCAAAGCAGCCCUGCUGGUGCUAGAAUUCAUUCUCAGCAUAAGCAUUUUGCAACACAAGAUCUUAUGUUCUGCAUCCAUAAUGAAGCUUGCGAAAUUUCUCUGGGCGGUGUACCCUUGAUCUCGCGAAAGACUGGUGCAUUUAACGCAGAAAAAGUCUUCCGUUGGGAUAUAGAUGGCGUGGAAAAGAAUGUUGUUGAAUAUAACUCUUAUGUUCAGAAUGAACAUAGAUAG